UCCGCCAUCCCGGCCGUGUCCCCGCGCAGUGGCCAUGGAGUACACGCCGCCCCCCAAGCCGCAGCUCUCCUCCCGGGCCAACGCCUUCUCCAUCGCCGCGCUCAUGUCGAGCGGCAGCUCCAAGGACAAGGAGUCCCCCGAGAGCACCAUCAAGCCUCUGGAACAAUUCGUUGAGAAAUCCUCCUGCGCCCAGCCUUUGAGUGAUUUAUCCAGCCUGGAUCCUCACGGGGAUUUUAGCAGCAGCCCUUCUUCCCUGUGCACCGAGCCCCUCAUCCCCACCACCCCCAUCAUCCCCAGCGAGGAGAUGGCCAAAAUCUCCUGCAGCCUGGAGACCAAGGAGCUCUGGGACAAAUUUCAUGAGCUGGGUACCGAGAUGAUCAUCACCAAAUCCGGGAGGAGAAUGUUUCCUACGAUCAGGGUUUCCUUCUCAGGAGUGGAUCCUGAGGCCAAGUAUAUUGUGUUAAUGGAUAUAGUUCCUGUGGACAAUAAAAGAUAUAGAUAUGCCUACCACAGGUCUUCCUGGUUAGUGGCUGGAAAAGCUGACCCUCCUCUCCCUGCAAGGUUGUAUGUGCACCCCGACUCCCCGUUCACAGGAGAGCAACUGCUGAAGCAGAUGGUGUCCUUUGAAAAAGUCAAACUCACCAACAACGAGCUGGAUCAGCAUGGCCAUAUCAUUCUGAACUCCAUGCACAAGUACCAGCCAAGGGUGCACAUCAUUAAGAAGAAGGAUCACACAGCUUCUUUGCUAAAUCUGAAAUCAGAAGAGUUCAGAACAUUCAUCUUUCCAGAGACAGUUUUUACUGCUGUUACUGCCUACCAGAAUCAAUUGAUAACCAAGUUGAAAAUUGACAGCAACCCUUUUGCUAAAGGAUUCCGUGACUCUUCCAGACUCACUGAUAUCGAGAGGGAAAGUGUGGAGAGCCUUAUCCAAAAGCAUUCCUAUGCUCGAUCCCCCAUUCGGACCUAUGGAGGAGAGGAUGAUCUUGGAGAUGACAGCCAGGCAACACAAAGCAGAGGGUCAGCCUUUACAACAUCUGAUAACCUGUCCCUCAGUUCCUGGGUUUCCUCUUCAACCAGUUUCCCAGGAUUUCAGCAUCCUCAGUCUUUGAGUGCCCUGGGUACCAGCACUGCCUCCAUAGCUACACCCAUUCCUCACCCGAUCCAAGGAUCUCUGCCUCCGUACAGCCGCCUGGGAAUGCCUCUUACACCCUCUGCUAUAGCCAGCUCCAUGCAAGGUAGCGGCCCCACUUUCCCAUCCUUCCACAUGCCAAGGUACCACCAUUAUUUUCAGCAGGGUCCUUAUGCAGCUAUCCAAGGACUGCGUCACUCCUCCGCAGUGAUGACGCCGUUUGUAUGAGUGACGUGCGGCAAGAGGAACACGAGAUUUUACAUGUGCAAGUUUGCUAUGACAAAAUACAAGGGACCGUCCUGAAAGGCCUGUGGCAGGAGUGCUGAACUCAUGACAAACCAGCCAAGAAAAUGCAUCAUGGAUACAGAUUCCUCUCUUGAGGGAUCACAAGAAGAGAGCACGCAGCUUGGAGCUGCUCACAGAUCUAUGUGUAACACAGCCAAAAUGGAUCCCAAAGUCCCCAGGAUCUUUGGUCGCAUGCAGCUUGUUACAAAGGUGCAUUAUACCUAGUGGAAAGAGAUUAUCUUUAAGCAGCAGUGUACAAAUUAAUUGUCUAUAGGUCUUUUUUCAUAUGCUAGGUGAAUUCUAAAAAAGGCAAUACUCUUACUCAUCUUCAUCUCUUCUUGUGACUGACGAGCAUCUAAACAGAAAAAUGUAUUGCUAUAACUUUGAGCAUGUUUUAGGCUAUCUCAGCAUACAUUUGCUGAAAACGGGAUAAAGU